UAUUACUAUUCUUGAGAUGUGCAUGUAUAUAAAUAUCAUAACGAUCAUCGAACGGCCACACCUGCCGAAGCCACUCAUCAGAAUCCUUGUCAUGAUCCGCGUUAUCAACAUGGAGCUGAUAGGGGUGCAUGUUGUUUUGUUUGGUUGCAUGAUGCUGUUACCAGAAGUCACGUGUCUGAUACAGCCAAUCAAAAUGCCAGACGAGCUAUCAUCAUGCUAUUCGGAGAGAACUUGGAAUCUCAGCGUGACAGACUUUCCAUCCCAAGAUAUCAACAGUUUCUGUAUAAACCAGUACCUAUGGAAAACCGCUGGGACCAGGUAUCACGAGGAGGUAUCUAAUGAAACGCUGUCUUACAUUGGGUCUCUAUUUAGGAAGAUUGCUGGAGAUCAUUGGAAUCAUCGACAUAAAAGACAACUCACAUUGAGUUUAUCGCGCAGGCGCAGAAGGGAAGUGAGAACAUUGUCUCAGCAGGAAUGGAAUGAUUUUGCAGGAAGGUUGAAUUGGCUUAAAAUGCAAACGGACGUAUAUCCUAAUCGAUAUGACGUCCUUGCCAAUUUUCAUCAAGGAAUAGCGUCACGUUCUGCACACGGAGGGCCUAAUUUCUACGGCUGGCACAGGAUCUACCUUUUGUUAAUGGAAACCGCUCUCGGCAUGGCUAUACCGUAUUGGGAUUCAACAUUCGACUACAAAUUGGUCGAUCCAACACGUUCUAUGGUCUGGAGCCGACAUUAUUUCGGAAACGGAAAUGGGGUUGUAACCAAUGGUCCUUUCAGGGGAUGGAGAACAUUUGGAAGACUACUGACAAGAAAUAUAGGUAGUGACGGCUCACUUUUAUCUCAACAAGUCAUCAACCGCAUACUGUCACAGACAUAUGGAUUUCAGAUCACGGAAGGUUCAGCAUCGCCUAUAUUUAGUCUUGAGAGUGUUCACAAUGCUCCCCAUGCCUGGAUAGACGGUGCUAUGGGCAUUUCAGAAUGGUCAACAGCAGAUCCAGUAUUUUUCGUUCUUCACGCCCAUAUUGAUUACAUUUGGGAACAGUUUAGAUAUAGACAGAGACUACGGGGGAUCGACCCUGCCGGGGACUACCCACAUUCCACGCGUAUGUUCCACGAACGUAUGCGAAGAGUUGACGGGUUUCCAUCAUUAACAAAUUUUGAUUGUUAUAGUGAUUUCUUUGGAAAUCUGGUACAGUAUGAUCCACCUCCAUCCUGUCCGAUUUGUGGAAAUCCAUUAAUGUUUCGCUGUGUAAGAGGUGAGUGCAUCCCAACAGAAAAUCCAGAACUUUUCCCAUCACAGAUAAACAGACAAAUAGGAUAUGUGCCAGCCGAACCUUCAGUUGUUAGAAACCUACUCGCACAAACAGGAAUACGUCUGACCGACCCAAGGGUAUAUAAUAGGGCAAAUCAACAACUAGUGCAAGACUCCACAGAUUUCGUUUCUUCCACAAUAAGUAACAUUCUGUUUAGAGGAAGGCGAAGUGCUAACACAGCCGGAAGGCAAAAACGGAGUCUUGGAAAAGCAUCAAAAGAGGUAGAGAAGAUUCUUAGCGAUCACAAUAUAAUACUACACAAGGACUAUGAAAACACAUUUGUGAUAGACGGGAUAAGAGAUAUGGAUGCAUGGUCAUUUAUUCCGGUAAAAAUAAUAUACCAACGACCUUCUAAAGAAGUAGGUCAACAAAUGAGAUUAAAUGUAUUAGAUAAAUUAUCAUUGAAUACAGAAUUAGAACUCGCAAAACAUGAAAAGUGUAUAAUGUCGGAUAAUCGUACUUCUAGAGUCUAUGUGCAAUCUGACGGUGUGGAUUAUUCAGGACGGUAUAAAGAUUACGCAAUAGUUGACGAAACUGUCACUAUGUCCACAAAAAAGACAUACGUUGGCGUAAAGAAUCCGGGAGCAGGUGACGCCACUGCUUAUAUCACUGCAUAUGACUCCUGUGGAAGAGCAUGCAAGCCGAUGUGUCAGGUGCCGCACUCCGAACCGAUGGAGUAUAAACCCUGCUCUGGUACAAUUCACAUCACUGACGAAUUCCCACUAAUGUAUUCCCCUUCUUUACUCGAUGCCGUUGAAGAAAUGCUGAAUGAAGAUCAAGCGCCAUUGUCAAUUAUUGACACUCCAAUAGCUUUUGUAUGCGAUUAUAACAUUAAAUGGCCCUGGGUUCUGAAUAAAUGAGGUAUGAUUAUAUCACUACUGGCUUCAGUGCUAAGCCUUGUAUGAUUAGGAAUGAUAUAUUGUGCAUACACAACUGUUCUUAGAACCCAACUGCACGAUUCCAGGAAAUGAAAUAGGUAAUGUUUUGGAUAAAAAUAACAUCACUACAAUGGGUCAUACUAACAAAGGGUCCCACUUCAGGCUGUGUAUAUGCUAGUCAGUGAACACUGAUAAACAGUUAUACCAUUCGAGGAACAUUGUAACAUGGUCAUAUUGACGGAACAGUGCGAUCCCUAUUACUUUACCGAAAUUUGAAGAUGAUAACAAGAUAACUGACGGCGUUCGGCCUCCACUGGAGCUUUCUGCUAAAUCAUCUGGUACUAAAAUAAGCCUAGUUGACCUAUGAUUAAGAGGAUCUAUAUGGAAUAUACUUCUGGAAAAUGUUUUCAUCAUAAUGACAAUGGUAAUGAUACCCCAUGGUUUGAUGAAACCUUUACCUGAAAUAUGUGGGAACAGAUGAAUGUCAUAGUACCAGGUAAUUUCCAUAGAAAUAUCAUAUCGAUAUUUUAUAAUACAGGGUUUUUAAUUUUGUUUAAUUAAUGUGUAGAUCUGAAAUACAUGUGUUUAUUAUUCUAUAUACUCGUAUUUGAUGUACUGCUAUAUAUAUAUAUAUAUCAUAUCACAUGUAAUCUUUGUUUAUUUUACAACAAGAACAAAGAUGCACAUUAUAAUAUAAAUUUAAGCGUCCAGGGAUCAUAAUGUGGGCGGAAUUUGGAGUAUCCGGAGAAAGCCCUCGUUGUCGAAUACUGGUCACUUUGGUGAAAAGUGGGAGCGCGCUCUCCACAGCGCCACCCGACCUCAUACUAAUAUAUUCACUUCAGCAUAUAACUCUGUGUGUAUAUAUAUAUUUAUAUUUAUUUUCUGUAUUGUCAUUUGUUGAAUGGCUGGUCCCAUUACUUACAUUUUAUAUGAAUGGACCAUGUAUACAUUAUUAAAAUAAACGAGUUGAUCUUGUAACUUCA